AUGGAGGUUAUAAAGAGAUCAGUUCCUAGUAGUAUAAGCCUAGCCAUUUUGAAGUAUCGCUACCUUUGGCCAUUUAUAGCAGGUAAAGCACAUAAAGGUAAUGUGACUGUGGCGGGAGAUGCGAUGCAUCCGAUGACUCCUGACUUGGGGCAGGGCGGGGCUUUGGCUCUCGAGGACUCAAUAAUAUUGGGGAAAUGCUUGGCAGAAGUAGAUUUGGAUAAAUCACUUGAGAUUGAGGUGGCAUUGAAUAAAUAUGUAGAAAAGAGGAAAGGGAGAGUUUUUGGAAUGGGGGUGGGAUCCUCUAUUUCGGGAAUUGUGCAAAGUGGAAGUUGGUGGUUGCCGAAGCUCAUUAGGGAGAAAGUUGUCUUCAAUAAACUUUCACCCAAGAUGCUUCGUCAUACAGAGUAUGAUUGUGGCACUCUUCCAACCCUUUCUUAA